CUAAAAACAAAGGAAUUCCAGAUCAAACCUACCCCACCCCCAAAAAAUGAGAACCGGAAUUUUCAAGUUUCCCGCGAAGGCGAAGACCCGUCUUUACCUCGUAGCAUGCGCUGGAGCAGCCACGGCCACCGGCGUUUCCUUCCAUGCCUUCAACCCAAAUUCCCCCUCACUUUCCUACGAUUCCUUCCUCCGUUCCUCCAUUUUUCCCGAGAAAAUUCUGACGGUAUCUCAUGGCGUCAUUCGCUCUUCUCGUGCAAUCUACACCAUUGCUUGCACUGUUGUCGAUUACAAAUAUUCUUUAUAUGGGCUUCCAAUAGACUCUUACGAGUACCUUCAAAAAUUAAGCGAGGUACAUUCACGCUCGGCCAAGAGAAUUCAGAAUCUAUGUGAAGCAAAUAAAGGAUUCUAUGUCAAAGCUGGUCAGUUUGUUGUUUCUCUGCGGCAGGUUCCAAAAGAGUACUCAUCAACUCUUUCUUCAUUACAGGAUCAGACAGCGCCUUGUGAUUUCAAAGCUAUAAAAAAAGUACUAAUCAGCAAUCUGGGACAGGAUUUGUCUGAGAUAUUUUUGUCGCUUGAUGAACAGCCAAUAGCCGCUGCAUCUAUUGCUCAAGUGCAUCGUGGGACAUUGAAAGAUCAGCAGGAAGUUGCAAUUAAGGUGCAAUACCCUGGGUUAGAGAACCAGAUGAAAUUGGACACAAGUAUUAUGUCUUUCCUUUCAAAAUGCAUUGAAUGGUUUUUCCCUGAAUACAGGUUUGAGUGGCUAGUAUCAGAAUUUGUGGAGACUAUUUCUUUAGAACUUGACUUCAUUCAGGAAGCAAAAAAUUCAGAGAGAACUGCCAAAAACUUCAAAAGCAAUGACAUGGUCUGGGUUCCUUAUAUAUUUUGGGAGUUAACAACAAGACAGGUUCUGACAAUGGAGUUUUGUAGGGGUUGCAAGGUUGAUGACGUGGAAUUUCUUAAAGAAAUGGGAAUCAAUCCGAUAAAGGUUGCAAGAGCACUGGUGGAAGUAUACGCUGAAAUGAUAUUUAUUCAUGGUUUUGUACAUGGAGAUCCCCACCCGGGUAAUAUAUUAGUUUCUCCAGAAGGCCGGUAUGGAUUUUCUUUGGUUCUUUUAGAUCAUGGAAUCUACAAACAACUCGACGAAGGAUUUAGAUUGGACUACUGUGAGCUUUGGAAGGCUUUAAUUCUUCUUGACUCCAAAAAAAUACAACAACUAGGCGAGUGUUUUGGUGUUGGAAAGUACGCUAGGUACUUCCCUCUCAUUUUCACUGGAAGAACUAUUGACAGUAAAUCACCCCUCGGGAGGGGAAUGUCUAGCGACGAGAAAAGGAAUUUAAAGCAGGAGUUGAGGUCUCUGCAGAUGGAGGACAUAUCUUCAUUUAUGGAAUCUCUGCCUCCAGAGUUCUUAAUUAUAUUGCGAACAGAUGGGCUAUUGAGGUCUAUCCUUCGCAAGUUGGGUGCUUCUCAACGGGUUAGGUUGCUAGCCUAUGCCAAAUGUGCAUUAUAUGGUCUUUCUCUGAGGUCGAAUCCUCAAUCUGAUUUUCCUGUAAAAGCUGCAUUAUCCAGAUUGAAGACGAACAUUAGUUAUCUUCAUUUAAGGCUUGUUCUCGAAGUACUGGAUCUGCUUUCUUGGAUGAAGAAAAUCAGGCGUUUACUUUACACCUUAACUGAAAGAAUGUCUGUCAUCUUUGCUGCUACUAGCUCCUCAAUCUUAAAAGGAGCUUAGGGGUACUCUGAAGCACCUGCUGAUCUUGUUUUACCUUUGGCUGACUGGCGUUUAAACCCUUUUUGAGUUUGGAUGCAUGCGAGAAAACACAUUCUUUUCUGGUUAGGUGUCUAUAA